AUGUCCCAGCAACACACUCUGCCAGUGACCCUGCCUCCUGCCCUCAAUCAGGAGCCCCUCAAGCCUGUUUCUCCUCCCAUCGAUACCCAGCAGGAGCAAGUGAAGCAGCCAACUCCACUACCGGCCCUGUGCCAGAAGAUGCCCUCCAAGCUCCCAGGGGAGGUCCCUUUGGAGCAUGCGGAGAAACACACAACUCUUGUGAAGGGGGUGCCCGAGCAACAAUGUGAGCCACAGCAGCAGGAACAGCAUCUGGAACAGCAGCAACAGCAGCAGCAACAAGAAUCACAGGAGCAGGAACCAUGCCUGGAACAGCCACAACCGCAGCAGCAACAAGAAUCACAGGAGCAGGAAUUGUGCCUGGAACAGCAGCAGCAGCAACAACAAGAAUCACAGGAACAGGAACUGUGCCUGGAACAGCAUCUGGAACAGCAGCAACAGGAGUCACAGGAGCAGGAACUGCAUCUGGAACAGCAGCAGCAGGAGCUACAGGAGCAGGAACAGCAUCUGGAACAGCAGCAGCAGCAGCAAGAGUCACAGGAGCAGGAACUGCACUUGGGACAGCAUCUGGAACAGCAGAAGGAUGAGCCAAAGGAGCAGAAAAUACAGCAGCAGCAGCAAGAGGAACAGUGUGAGGAACACCAGGAAGCAAAAAAUCUGGAGCAACGGCUGGAGCAGGUGAAAGCACAAAGAGAGCAGCAGCAAAAGGAACAGCUGGAACAGGAGAAGAAGCUCUUGGACCAGCAACUGGAUCAAGAGCUAGCAAAGAGAAAUGAGCAAUUGGAAAAGAAAGAAGAGCAGCUGCUGGAACAGCAGGAGCAGCCACUAGAGCCAGCAGAGCAGCAGGAGGGGCAGGUGGAGUGGCCUGCAUUUGUCCCAGCUCCUGGCCAGGUCCAAGAGACCCAGCCAGUUCAGCCAGUGAAGGGAGAAGUCUUACCCCUCACAGAGCAGCAACAGCAGAAGCAGGAGCUGUAUGGCUCCCCAAAACAUAAGUAA